GCUCGUCGAGAGGCCUGCUUGUCGCAGACUCCGCUUCGUGCGUGUGUCACGACGGCUACGAGUCCGUCGUCGUCGUCGUCCGUCGUGUCGUUGUAAACAAAAGGGGAAGGAAAGCUCUCCCUCCCAUCCAAGAGACAUUUAACGGCGUGUUCGCACUGCGUGUGUGGCUUUUGUGUGUGUAUAUACGUAUACGCGUGUAUGUGUACAUAAUUUCCACAUACUUGCCAAGUGGUACGCCUCUCGGUUUCGCGAAAACAAGUUGCCUGGGAUUGUUGUUCUCUCGGAGCGGAAUUUUGUAUGGUAGAGCGCGACGGAACGAGAGGAAAGUUCCUACUUGAUUGUUGUUUAAAUUGAAAUUGUGCGAGCGCAACACACAAGUACUUUCUAAAGCCUCUCGGUGAGGAGAGAAGUUUAACGUCGGUCGGGAACAACAAGUUGAAGCGUGAGAGGAUCGCGGAAUUAUAUAUAUAUAUAUAUAUAAAGACUACCUCGAGACAAGGAAGAGAGAGAAAGAAAAAGUAGUGAGAGAGAUUGGAGAGCGUGUAUCAGACCGAUACUUCACACUCGAAAGGUGAAGAGUCCCCGUCUCCUCUUCUCGUCGCUUCAAAUCACAUCGCACGCGCUCUCUCUCUCUCUCUCUCUCCCAGUGCGUUACCUCAUCGCGGCGGAGGCAGUGCGUGUGUAACGACCGUGUUGUGCGCGCGUUGUGCAACUCGCUGCUGAUUCUCAUCGCGACAGAGAACGCGAGGAGAUUCGCGGAUAUACCGUGCGAAUUCGAUCAGCUUGAAAACAAAAACAACGUGCCGCUCGUGCAUAGUGGCACUUGUACGUUUUAUAUGUGUGUGUGUGUGCGUGCGUAUAUACGCGAGAGAGCUCGUGUAACUUGUACGUGCACACAGAGAGAGAGAGAGACUACACACAGUGUUCGUCGCGCGCGUUGUGUGUCAGUGUGCGUUUGUUUAUGCGCGUAGAUUAGCCGCACGCUCGUACUCGCGCGGCGUUUCAUUCAACAGUCGAGGCCAGUCCACGCUUCGACGCGCGACGAUUCUCGCGUCUCGUUGUCAUUUCGAAAGCGAGCCGUUGAAGAGCCAGUGAGAGCCGCGAGUGUGUGUUGUCGCACAACGAAACGACGAGCAUAUCGCGCUAUAUAGGGGCUCGCGCGCGUAUUUACCGAGUGAAUCACGCGCGUCCUGUCUGAUUACGCGCUCGGCGCGCCUCUUUAGCGUCCGUGUCGCACCGGAUAUACAACGCGACGCGUGUAUAUAAACGUUUGUAUUUAUUAUUGUUGACGUGUCACCGGCUGCGUCAGACGAGAACGGGAAUACGGUUGGAAACGACCCGUCGUGAGAAAGAAAAAACGCAUCUAGUACACACACAAAGUGCGAUUCUCGAUAUAAAAGAGAAAAAAAAACAAUCUUUUAGUUAAAAACCUUUUCUAUUUGAGACUUUCCGCAACUUAUUCUAAUGUGUUUUCUCGGGUUUUCCUUCGUCCGUUUAUCGGUGACGGUGCGUCAAUAGUAUACACGUCACUCGGGUCAACACCGAUACGAGUGAGGGAGACGGCAGAUCCCCCGUCGAGCGCUAGAAAGAGACGGGACAACAACAGAGAUCGGUGGGAAGCCGCCAAGGCCUCAGUAGUCUGUACUCGUUAGCGGACGUAGCAUCGGCGUUUCUUCGGAGCGUGAACUAUAACUAGUGAGAAAGCAUCGAGGAUGCCGAGUGCCGAGGAGACGACGUAUCUGAUCGGUGUGAUGCCAGACGGUGCGGCACAGGCGGACGCGUUUCUCACACGCGAUGUCGAUCUGCUCGUGUCGCAGAUCAAGGAGAAUCUGCGGCUGUCCAGCCUGAAGGCCAAGUCCAGCGUCAGCCACAAGAACAACCGACCAUCCCCGUACCGGGUGCCGGCGCGUUCCUGGGCAGACCCGGCUGCCGGGUGCGAGGUCUGCGGUCUGCGUCCGAGCGCCCAGCAACACACUCAACAGCAGCAGCAACAACAACACGUGACAACGACCGGUCAUCAUCAUCACCAUCAUCAUCACCACUACCACCAACACCAUCACCACUAUCAUCAUAACUACCUGAAGAGAAACGAGAGAAACAACAGAAUGGACGACGAUCCGUACGAAGUGCUGCAGGAGUUGCUGCGCGAGGGUGGACUCAUCAAGGAGGCGGUGAAGAGGUUACAGGCAAAUCUCGACGAGCUCUCGAGCUCCGAAAUGGACGAGGACGAGGAGGUAGAAGAUGAGGACGACGAGCGGCGGUCCAGCGGAUCCUGUUACCGCCGGAAGCCGUAUUUCUACGACUCCGAGGACGAGCCGUUGCCGCCUAUGUACGAUCCUCUGGAACUGUGAGGUGCGCGGCCGGUGGUGUCCGGGAGAGAGAGAUACUCUUCUCGGAAUAAUUCCUCAUUUCCGUAGGUGGAAAAUUUCUCACCGCGACUCUUCCGUCCCUCCUUUUCGGGAGGAAAUAUAUCUACCCGCAUGGGGAUCGCCGCGUCGGAUAUUUCCUUUGUCCCUUUGUGCGGCUUUAUAUUGGGAACCAAGUGCUAUUCCGAACGUCAUCCCCGCAAGGGUUUCUUCGAGGGAGAAAUAAUAACAAAAGAGGAUAUCCCGUGUACAAAACACGUUUCGUCCAUUUUCUCGGAAGAGAGCAUGUGGGAGUUACGACGACGACGACGAAGAAGAAGAAAAAGAAGAAGAAAACGACGACGAUGAUGAUGAUAAUAAUGAUGGCGUGCGUGUGUGUUAGUGUGUAAGAAACGCGCGCGCACGCCCGCAGCACAAUUAGGCGAGAACUCGCCUUACAUGGCCGUGUUUGUAAAUACGCGUUGUGUGUUGUGUCGGCGCUGCGCGCCGAGCUCGGGCUUCGUAAUGCCUCGGUCGAGAUCGCCGUCGAGUAUCGACGCUCGCGAGGAAGCCUACGUGGAAGACUUAUGGCCGCGCGCGCGCGCGCGCGUCAUCGACGCGCUCCAGAUGCGAGAUGUUCCUUUCUCCGUGUAUAUAUAUACGCGUUUUAAUUCAAUCCUACCGAUACUUCUGUACGUGUGUCAACAAUAUUUGUCUGUACCUCAACAUUCAACAUAUCGCUGGCGAUAACUUUAUACGUAUAGAGAUAAUCCGCAAUAUCAUAUAGAUAUGUAAACGUUUCUUUCUUUCAAAUCGGUGUUUAUCGGCAUCUGUGGAACACUCGCUGUCGAUAAUCGCGAAGCUGGUAAAAUUUUGUUUAUUUUAUUUAUUAUUUUUUUUUUAUAUAUAUAUUAGACGAUAUCGCGUCAUAUCAGUUUCUUAAUACGGAUUUCGCAUCACGAUUUGAUAAUGAUUAUUAAGUAUUGGCAAAUAUCGUGUGUUAUCACAUGCAGCGUUGCGGUACAGGUAACUCUUUGUUGACGUAAGCUCUCAUACACGUGUGCGUGCGAUGAUUAACACUUCAAAUAUCAAGGAAAUUACUAAUGAAGACUUUGAAAUAUGUAAACAGAUAAGUAAAGCUCAAAAAUAUUGCUUCUAGAAUCGUGCGUCUUAUUUACUAAAAAAAAAAAAAAAAGAGUUAGUCAAUUAAAAAAUAGUUUUUAACGAAACGUUUAGACUUUAAAGAAGUGCGACAUCAGUAUAUUAGUUACACGUUAACAAGUGACAAUGAUGAAAUCAAUUACUUAUGUCUUUUGUCAUAUUUGAAGAGUUAAUUACGUCACACACAUCGUAUUCGUAACAUAUUAUUUAGAUUGCUUUGCGCCGGAAGUCUGUAAUUAUGAGAGUCUGUGUUAAUGUCCUCGCGUUUGUCACGAUCUCAAAACCGAAACAAAAACAAACGAUUAGGGCGACCGGAUAAGUUGUGUAAUUUUUCUUUAUUUCGUCAUGCACACCCGCGCGCGCGCGUGUGUGUGUAUAUGUAUGUAUGUAUGUUUACUUUGUGACUUCGAAGUUUGUUUGCGUGGUGUGGCGCGUAAUUUGUAGGCUAAACACCUUCAGACGGAAGAUAAUGUUUAUUAUAUUAGCAAUAUUUCUUGGUCUCGGUAAAACAUUUGCAAUACCAUAAUUUUUGCAGAUAACGCGAGUACAACAGUUUUCGUCCGUGUUUUGUCGAGUGUUCUUAUAGCGUGAGCUGGCACACGGUUUAUGUGAGAAUUGCUGAUAAUCCGGCUGCCUUUCUGGAAAGUUAGCAGCAACCUUUGGUCGCGAUUUACAUCAAUUUACAUCGGUAAAUGCUCGUGUGACGUAAACUCUCAUGUGGAGACGUGUAUACUAUAAAUAGAGCCCUUCCGUUAAAGAAAUCGAGACACCGCCACCCGCAAAGAAACUUCGAGUUCACACGGCGCGACGACGCGAAGGCGCGAGGAGAAAAGCGAUCUUGAGACGUGUUACGAGAUAGCAACCAAGAGCUCUGCGUUUUAAACGAACCAAGUAUUAACGAGAGAGAGUUUGAGAAGAAAGAAAUGCACAAACAAUAGAAAAUUGUAAAAAAAAAACCGCAAUGAGAGAAUACAGAGCUGAAACGAAGGACAAUCUGUAAGACAAAUUGAUUACACAAGUAUCGACGAAAAUGCCCUAUCGGAGACAGGAUUCGGUUCUGUCCUAAAAUUACACGGUCCAAUUUGUGUGCGAGAGUAAACCCGCACCCGCGAUCGAUCAACGACUAUCAAUGCCUUUGUGUGGCGGAAGUAUUAGGGACGCAAAUUACAAUGUGAGAAAGAAAGAGAAAAAAGUGAGAGACAAACAGAAAUAAAAAGAAAGACACACCACAUAGACACGAACACGGUGAUCUCAUUUAUUUUUUCAUGAUGCUCGCGACAAACGGACUAGCCGCGAUCGACGCGAGACCGAGAUCAUUGUUAGUUUAGGUUUAGGCUCGGUUUAGUUCCCGAUUACAAUUGCGCCCUUAUAAACCUGAAGGGUACAAAUUCGGUGAGAGAGCGAAGAAUAACAAAAAAUACAAAAAAAUACAAAAAAACAAAAAACAAAAAAAAACAAGAAUGUGAAGAGACGUUCUUCGAGAAUACUUCGUGAAGAAGAAUCGACCUGGGGAUUCGUUAUUCACACUAGGAGUAGAGAUUUCGAAGCCUAGUCGAGAGAAAAAAUAAUUUCAUAUAUAUAUAUUAUAUAUAUAUAUAUAUCUAUUUGUAAAAGUUGUAUAUCUCGAGACAAAAUUGAAUAGCGAUUGAUAUUCGUAAACGGAGCUUUCAAAGACUGUUAACGAUUUCGAAAUAUAAAAGAUGAAAAAACAAUAAUAAAAAAAAAAAAAAAAAAAAAAAAAUGCAAAAUCUCUACGGGAUUUCGAUCGUUUAGGAUAUAAAAUUAUCUGGCGCGUUAGAGAGUAUUAACGUCGAGGUGUGGAAGACGUCGAAGAAGCUGUGUAGAUAAUUUCGUCCACGUUUCGGAAAAGUCGGUGAGAGAAUGAGAAAGAAAGAGAGAGAAAGAGAGAAUAGGACACUCUCGGGACGGGGGAAAAACAAAGCAGGCUGUAGAACGCAAAACGUGGAUCUGUAUUAUAAUAACGAUGUAUAGCUUUAUGUCUCUUCUCUGUGCAUGUUUUAGUGCAUAGUUAUACUUAUCGCUAUCGAUCGCUAGGCGGAGGACAUACACUCCCCUCCCCUGUGUUGAUGUUACGUACACCUCAUCAUACAUGUGUAAGAUCAUUGUACGCGUGCAUUGUGCGACCUGACGGGAUAUCCUAUUGUCACGUGAUUCAACAACGCUCGUACACAACCGAGGAUAAGAGGAGGCGAAAUCUAUCCGUAAUAAAAGACCGCUACGGGUCAACUGUGACGUCACGACGUAAUUAUCGAUGAAGGUUGUUACUCCUCGUAACACAUUCCCCACCAACGCGCGUCGCCAGCUACCUUAUAUUAAUAUUCGUCAGCAAAAACCGCCGGGGAUGAGUUUUACUUCCAAACCUUUGGCGAGAAUCAGUUUCGACGGAGCGCGCUUCGAUUAUUCCCGGGAGCGCGUGACGUCACAAAUGCGGCGUCCGAGAUUUUAUUAGGAAUGUAUAAAUGUGUAUAUUGUGUGAGUGUAGGGAAGAGAGAGAAAGAGGGUGGUUUAUAAGAGGUAGAAUGCGGUCGCGACACACGAUGACGCAAUAAAACGAGACACGAUUUGUAUGUAUGUACAUGUACACAGCGAUACAAAGCGAGGAAGAUAAGCGCGAGAAUCGAUGGCGGCGGUUUCUCGCGCGCGCUGGCUUUCCGACUAUGUCAGGCCGCUCUAUUUGACUAAUUAGAUAAGCUAGUAAUUAGUAAUAAACACACAUUGCGAAUAUUACCUGCGAGCGGAGCAAACGAAUUGCGUCGAGAAUUCCAUAGUUCUGAUAGGAGGAAAAUGACGACGCUUUGUGCGUCAUCUGUGCGAAUGCGUGGCUGCGUGAGAGAGUUGCGUUACCUUUUUUUCCCCUUCCCCCCCUUCCUUUUUUUGUACAUUGAAAGAGUGUGAACGCAAACCUUUUAUUCUUUUUUUUUUUUUUUAAGUUCGUUAAAGAUCAGUGCAUUAUGGAAAACUAUAUCUUGUUGUGAUCGUUGGGCUCGCAUGUCCGACAUAGUCUUAAUUAUGAAAUAAAGAAGUUCAAAGUUUCAAAGAUGCAGAAA